AUGGUCAAUUCAACACAGACUUCUGGCCCCUUGCAGGCAUUGAGCGGUUACGUGGCAUCCUAUGGCUGGGGCCCUCUAUUGUCCGUUUCGCGCAGCACUGUUCUUUCGCUAUUGUCGCGUAUCCAGGUUGGACAUCUAAGAGUAGCGGAUGUGGAUGAGAAAGUGUCUACUUACGGGCACAAAAAGGCUGCCAAUGGAGAGCCGGAGAAGAGCGUGUACUCUCUGCCCAAUGUAGAGUUGACUGUGCACAAAGACGUGUUCUGGGUGCGCAUGCUGCUUUUCGCAGAUAUGGGUUUCGCAGAGAGCUACAUGCUUGGGGAGGUCUCCUGCUCCGACUUGACAGAGUUCUUCCGGUUGUUCAUUGUCAACCGUACCCAUCUUUCGAAUGGAUCCACGCUCACGUCGAACCUCUCCGCCAAACUCUCGUACCUGCUUCGCAAGACGAACACACUCACGACAGCUCGUCUAAAUAUCGCCGCGCAUUAUGACAUCUCCAACGAUAUGUUCGCCGCAUUCCUGUCCCCCGACAUGACCUACUCCUGCCCUAUCUGGUUACCGAAGUCAGAUUCUCGUUCCUCACAAGAGACGCUCGAACAAGCCCAAAUGCGCAAACUUAGACGCUUCAUCACCAAUGCAAAGAUCAAGGCAGACGACCAUGUCCUGGAGAUUGGUACCGGUUGGGGCAGUUUUGCAAUUUUGGCUGUACGAGAGACUGGAUGUCGCGUCACGAGUCUGACCUUGUCAAUCGAGCAAAAGGCGUUGGCCGAGGAAAGAAUCGCGGCAGCCGGAUUCACAGACCGUAUCGAGGUUCUCCUGUGCGACUAUCGUGCCUUGCCAACACCAAGAGAUGGAAAACUAUACGACAAGGUUGUGAGCAUUGAAAUGUUGGAAGCAGUGGGCAAGGAGUUCCUUGAUACCUAUUUCCAAUGUGUCGAUAAACUCUUGAAGCCUGAAGGAGGUGUUGCAGUGUUCCAGUGCAUUACGAUGCCCGAAAGUCGUUAUGAUGCAUACAGCAACUCAGACGAUUUUAUCCGACGAUACAUCUUCCCUGGCGGCCACCUUCCUACUGUCACACAACUCCUAGACUCCGUCAGAGCCGGCUCGUCUUGCAGGUUAAUUCCGGAGUCAGUGGAAAACAUUGGCCCUCACUACGCAAAGACACUGCGACUGUGGCGCGAAGAAUUCAUGCGAAACUUCGACCAAAAAAUCAAGCCUUCGUUGUUGGAGGAGCAUGAAGGCAUGACCGAAAAGGACGUUGACCUGUUCCGCAGAAAGUGGGAGUAUUACUUUGCAUAUUGCGAGGCUGGCUUCGUCACCAAGACCCUGGGCGAUGUUAUCUUCACUGUCGGAAGAGAAGGCUCGGUGGAAAUGAUGGAAGACGUGCCAGUCUAG